GGUCUGCUCCCUGCUGCCCCGUGGCCCCGCCCCCGUCAGCUGAUGACGCCAUCAACUGUCGGCAGGAAGUGUUUUUGUCCCCAGAGCUAACUCGAACAUGAGGGCAAUACGCCGUUUUAUGCUGGACUACGGUGACAACACACGCUGUGUGUAGAGGUGAGGGACUGACCAGACAUGGACAGAGGAGGAAGACCGUGGGGGAAGCUGGUCAAAGUGGACUCAAGUGAAACGGUUCUUCUUUUCAGCAGAGAAUGCACAGUUGGCAGGAAAAAGGGAUGUUAUCUGUCGUUUCCGGCUAAUAAACUUGUCUCAGGGGAACACUGCAAGAUAGUAAAAGAUCAAAUCUCAGAGCUGGCAUGGAUUGAAGACACAAGCACAAACGGCACAGUGAUCAACAUGUCCAAACUGAUUAAGGGACAAACUCACCCGCUGCAAAAUGGAGACGUCAUCUACUUUGUGUACAGGAAGAGUGAACCACAACAAAAUGUUGCUUAUGUUUACCACUCUAUCAAGAUGGAACAGGGCGAGUCGCCGCACAGCUAUGAUAUGGAGAGGUCAGCCCAGAGUUACUCAGCUGUUCCAGAGUCGGAAAUGCUUCUCUCCGUGGAGCCGCUCAUCCUCACAAAGACACCCAGAGAUUUAGCCCAAGAGGAGCCAAAACCUUCAACUUCUGCUUCCCAUUUCUGCAUUGAGAACCCGUAUGCUUCUGGCACCACAGUGACCACAACAUCUUCAGACCAAUCUAAACAUGCAGCUCCAGCACAGAAGCACGACACAGACCAUCAAGAACCCGAAUCUAAGAGGAGGAAAAUGUCUGACGAUAAAGAGUGUGGAUCAGGUUUGCCGCUCAGCACCUGCACUGCAGUGUCUGCUGAGGAAGACUCCUCCAAACCAGCAGUGAAAGGAGCUAAGACGGAUAAGAUGGAGGAGUCUUUGACUUGUGUCAUAUGCCAGGACCUGCUGCACGACUGCAUCAGCCUGCAGCCGUGCAUGCACGUCUUCUGCGGCGCCUGCUACUCGGGCUGGAUGGAGCGCUCCUCUCUGUGCCCGACCUGCCGCUGUCCUGUAGAGAGGAUCUGCAAAAACCACUUCCUCAAUAACCUGGUGGAGGCGUACCUCACACAGCAUCCAGAAAAGUGUCGCAGUGAGGAGGACCUAAAGAGCAUGGACAGCAGAAACAAGAUAACUCAGGAUAUGUUACAGCCGAGAGUGGAGCGUUCGUUCUCCGAUGAGGAGGGCAGCUCCGACUACCUUUUUGAAUCCUCUGACAAUGACAGCGACUCCUCAGACACGAGCCAGUCUCUAGUGAUGUGCAGACAGUGUCCCGGCUACAGGAACUACAUGAGCCAAGUGCUGUUCACCACCAGUUCAAACUGUUGGCUUGCCGGUCUGCCGACACUACCGGCUGCUCUACCAUCAGCCAGACCCGCAGGUGAAGAGGAUGCAGCAAAGCAGACAGGAGAACAGCCCUCAACAUCCUCUGACACCACAUCAGCUUCCCAGAUGUACUGCUGCCCCCCGCAGGGCCACCAUGUCAUCUGCACCUGCUGCCUGCAGCCGAUGCCGGACAGACAGGCAGAGCUCAGCAGUCAGCCGGCCUUUGCUCAACAAUGUAUGCUGUGCAAGCUCCCUUUCUGUCACAUGUAUUGGGGUUGCCAGAGGAUCGGAUGUCAAGGCUGCCUGUCCCGUUUCAGCGAGAUCAAUCUCAAUGACAAGUGUCUGGACGGCGUGCUGAACAACAACACAUAUGAGUCAGAUGUCCUAAAGAACUACCUUUCAUCCAAGGGGAAGUCAUGGAAAGAUCUGCUCCGGGAGUCUUUGGAAGGCUUACAAGAGGGACGCUUUUCUCUGACAGCAGAUAGUGGCGUUUCUGCCAGCUCCAUCCUGUGCCUCUGCUGCGGCCUGCGAGCCUUCAGGGAGCUGGCCUACAAGUACCGGCAGAACAUCCCAGCGUCUGAGCUGCCAGCUGCUGUAACGUCUCGUCCUGACUGUUAUUGGGGGCGCAACUGUCGCACGCAGGUCAAGGCCCAUCACGCCACGAAUUUCAACCACAUCUGUGAGCAGACGCGUUUCAAGAACUGAAGACACUUCCAGCACCUUCAGGAGACGCCGGCCCGGCCCGGCCCGGCCUGACCCCACCCCUGUUCUGCUGUGUCCUCUUCAGAAUGCUAUCAUUCUAAUGUACAAUCAGAGUCCACUCACAGACACUGGUUUGAAUCAGAGCUGUGUGGGAUCAAAUCCAGACUUGGAGAGACUUGAGGGAUUAAAUCCUAAAGAGGAAACGACACCAGCUGAUGUUUGGUGAUAAGUUUAAGUCAGUCAGAUGAUCAACCACUACCCGAAAAGCUGUUUCAUCAUAUAUGUUAGUUUGCUUUGGCUGAAGAGACCUGAUAAACUAAUAUAAAACUUAGUACUUUAAUGUGUUGAAUAGAUGAAAUCCAGGCACAAGAGUGUAAACAAUUCCUUUACUCCUCAUCUUAUGACAGAUUUUGGUCUGUGUGAGAUUUUAGUUUGACCCCCUUGAACCGGGAAAACAAUCAUGUUCCCAGGCCAGGGCAAAAAAGCCAUGUCAAAGCCCCUCAUGCACGUACGGGGGGUAGGUCUGUAAUCCCGUGUGAUGUUAGCGUGGGAUUUCAUGUCUGUGGGAAGGGGAUCGCUGUGAGAAGGCAGAGGGGGGCCCUCUGUUGUGUGCUUUGUUCUGGAUAAUCAUCUCCAAGGUGAUUGAACGUAGUGCAGAAGGGACACGUAGCAGGAAGGGCUAAUCUGUAACGUAAUGCACGGUUAUCCCAUGAGAACUGAAUAUACAGAUGUGUCAUCUCAAGCUUCCUCUGCUUUCAAACAUCCUCAUCUACACCUGUUUUUUGUUUUGUUCUUCACUGGAGUUACAUUUUCCAUCUCAGGUAUUGGAAACUGUAUAAUGUUCUCGUCUACCUUCAAACAUGCAAAGUAAUGAGGGAUGCAGUCAAAAAUUAACUGUUUUUGCCUUAUUUAGUUUCUACAAAAUAGUUUAAAAGGCCUUAAAUAGGUGUUAAUUUGAUUGUGUUUUUGUAGUUUGAUAUUUAAGAGCAGAAAUCAGUAAAGUUUUUACAUUGUUCAUAAAUAAGGUUUUUUGCACAUAUUAGCUUCUUUUUUUUACUCUGUUAACUUUCUAAUUGAUCAUUACUGUGUAUGCAACCUUUAAAGAGGUAUUUUGUGAUUUCAAAUGUAUGUUUAAUUCCAGUAUAAUGAAAAAAGUAGGUUGAGAGUUCAUAAUAGCUGAAGAAUUUUUUUUUUUUUUAUGAUUAUAGAUGUGUUGCUCAACUUUUAUUGGGGGGAAAAAAUCAUAAAAUCAGCACUUUGAUGUCAUCAACCUGAGCUCCUGAUUUAAUCUGUGAUAUGAGCAAAGAGUUUAGAUGAUUCUAUUUUUUCCUCUUCCCAUUGAUACCUGCAGCAGAACCAGUUUGAAUGAUUCCCUGCUGGAGAUCUGAGCUCUAAGCUACCAACAAUCUCAGUCAGGAAGAAGACGUCAUUAGAGGUACUUUUGAGUUUGUCCCUGCAGUGAUUGGUGGGGGGUUCUGUUGUAUACUGGACCGUCUAUAAACGUCCAGACUAAGAUGCUCAGGAGAAAAUAAUCAGUUCAGUUCUACCUCAGUGCAGCUCUCUGGAUUGUAGGUCGAAACGCCAUCAAACUCUGAUUUAUAUACUCAGAAUGCUCCAUUUUUUUGUUUUUUAGAAGACAACCACUCUACCUCCUGGAUAGGAGUAGCUGCCCAUCAAUGCACUAUAUUCAUGCUUUUUAAAAUCUGGAUCAUAGCAAACAUCUUUGCAAAAGAGUAGAAGCAAAAAUGAAAAAUGAACAGGUUCAAUCUCCUUCCAUACAUUGUAGAAGUGCUCCUUUCUGCCAGAGUGGACUCUUGUAAAUUCAUUAAAUGACAUUAUAGUGAAAAGAAA